GAUAAGAAUUGGUAAGGGUCAUUCCUUGACUUGUAUGAACUCAGUUUACUUUUGAACUACGAUCAACUACAUCAUGCAACUUAUGGAUCCUAAUCAUAUAUCCAGACUAGGGCAAGGAAUAAGAAGAACGUUCUUCAUAUUUUUACUUUUAAGUAAUGAAAAUGCCGCACAAAAUUUAUUUAGAUCUGGGAAGGAAUAUAUUUAUUCUUAUAACGCUACGUCGAGUACUGGUGUAUUAGUACCUUCCAACGCAGCUUCCUCGUGGAACCUCAAUGGCAAGCUUGUGAUUCAAGCGGAAGAUGAUUAUGUCACAGUACAGCUCCAAUCGUUGAAAACAAAUAUGUGGAAUGGCAAUGUAAAGGAACCGAGCGAAAAUAUUGAUAUUUACGAUAAUACUGUGGAUCUUUUAAGACCUUUCCGAAUGUCGUAUAACAAAGGACUCAUCGAGAACUUUAGCAUCGAAACGGAAGCGAUAUGGGCGACGAAUAUAAAACGUAGUAUAGCUGGAAUUUUACAAUUGGAUCUUUCUAAUUUGGAGAAGGAAGUCGCAUUUCAUUCUAGCGAGAUAAACCAUUAUGGAAAAUGUAAUAUAGAUUAUGUUGUAAGCUUGGAGUGGAAUAAUCAGCGUUUAGUAAGAAAGUCAAUAGAUCCUCGGAUAUGUAUUGGGCAUCCGUAUCGUAAUUGGUCUAAUGUUCCUAAAAUACAAUGCACCAAUGAGGAUCAAGAUCCUGUACUGAAAAAUAGCGAAAGAGUGUAUAAAUUAAAAACCGAUGGACACAUUCACGAUAUUCUUUCCGUCAACACAUCCGGGAGUAUCUACGUGCAACCCUUUCAAAGUAUGGGCGAGGCGCAUUAUCAUAUUGUACAACAAGCUAUCGAAUUAUCUUCAGUGAAAGAUAUAACGAAUAAGAUAGUUACAAAUAAUUUACGAACUACUAUUCUUCAACAUGAGUUACCUGAAGCGGAUUUAACACAGGGCAGAGAUACUCCGGACAAAAGUUUUAUCUUUAAAUCUAUAAGUCGAUUAUUGGACCGCUUGAGCCACAGGCUCGAAAACCCUGGUUUGGAUACCGAGAUUCAUAAUCUGCACAACACAACGAUAUCCGUGCUUCUCUAUUAUCUUGAUAUGUUAGAUCGUGAUGAUCUAGGAAAAGCCUAUAAUCGCAUCUCAGGAACUAGUUAUAAAGAGGAAACGAUACGGAAUAUGUUUCUCGAAGCAUUGCCGCAAGUUGGGAGUAAAGAAUCCGCUCAUUUCAUAUUGAAUCUUAUUCAGAAUAAGAAAGUAUCCGAUAUAUCCGCAAUUCAACUUCUCAUGCGGCUACCACUUCAUUUAAGAAGGCCAGACGCUCAAUUGCUAGUUAGUUUGCAACCGUUUCUUACACUACCGAACGAAAUCUCCGCGGAAGUGCAAAAUACUGCAAUCCUCGCAUAUGGAACGCUGAUAUAUAAAACCUGUUUGAUGCAUUGCCCGUAUGAGAUGUUGGAUGAUUACGUGCGUCUCUAUCUCGACAAAUUCACUGAAAGUACUCUAUAUGAACAAAAGAUGGUCUGGCUGGAAGGCUUGGCGAAUAUACAGCUUGGUAGAGUCGUUGAAUUUCUAGAGCCAAUAGCUAGCGACAAUAAUAUCGAAUCCCGACAUUUUCGGGCACUCGCAGCUUGGGCCUCUAUUCCUACAGCACCGUUGAGACCCGACGUGAUUUAUCGUGUGUAUUGGCCGAUUGUAGUCAACAGAACCGAACAUUUAGAAAUGAGAAUUGCUGCAUUAACUUUGCUCAUUGUGUCCAGUCCUACAUCUAAUAGAUUAAUAUCCCUGUAUUGGUACAUGCAAAGCGAGCCCAAUCAACACUUGUACAAUUACUUUUACACAAUGUUAAAAUCUAUGGAACGUACCACUUAUCCUUGUUAUAAAAGCAUAGGCAGAAUCGCGGCGCAAUUUAGCCGCGUUCUUCGGAAACCGUCAAAUAACGAAUAUCUUAUUACCGGUAACUAUCUGGUUGAUUAUCAAGACUCAUCAAGGAGAUUUGGCACCAUGUUGCAUGGUGCUAUCAUAGCUAAUCCUUUUACGAAUAUUCCUGAAGUAAUUUAUAUAACUCUAAAUAAUUAUGGCAGUGGAACACAUAUUAACCAUCUAUCUUUAUACAUCAAAGCAGAGGGUGUUUUUCACUCAUUAGCGACUUCUUUCGGCAAUCCGACAAACAUAAAAGAUAUUCUUAAAGAAUUCAAAUUAGAUGAACGAAAAAGAGAUCCUGUGCAUUUAGAAGUAAUUGCGCGAAUUCAAGAAAAAACAGUGUUGUGCAUUCACUGGAAUGAGACAAAGAUAGUUGAGGGGUUGAAGUAUUUGUCUUCUUUAUGGAAUGAUCUAUAUUAUUUGUAUUAUAACAUGGAAUUCCAUAUUAAUCAACAACGUAUAAAUGUACCAUUGACAAUAGAAUCAAUCCAAGCAACCGAUCUCGGUACUAACGUUAGACUCGCGAUGAUGGCAACAUCUUUGUUUUCAAUGAGAGGAAAUUUUACACGCGAUUUUCCUACACGAAAUAAUCACGUCAUUUUACGCUCGUCUAUUUAUGGCAUUGAAACGAUAGAGAAUUAUAAUCCGUUGGUCGAUUUAUGGCAUAGUGCUGAAAGAGUCCAGUCGCUACAUGGAUAUCUUCCCAUUAAUAUUACAAUGGGAUUAGAAGAACGGCCAUUUAUUUCAUAUAAUAAUCUAGGAGAACAUCUUAAAACAGGAAUUACAGCACAUGUUAAAACAUUUACAAGUAUUAAAGGUGCAAAUGUUAAAUCGAAAUUGGAGCGAGCUUGUCACUCAUGUCCUAUAUCGUAUACAGUAAAAUCGCCUAGUUCUAAUCUACAGACAGUAGAUAUUCUCAACAUUGAACUUCCUGAAUUAGGUGGUCGGCUAAAAACAAAAGUAUUUGAUUGCGAUACUACGAUGCUAUACGAGACAUUGAUUAACGACAUUUGGUCCUCUCAUCAAAGUAAUUAUCAAUCCUGGCCAAAUAUGAAAUUUAUUUUAAUCGGAUUACAUUUCUUGGAUUACCUCACUUACAUGCCACCAAGAGGUAGUUGUGGAUUAGCUGCUUAUAUUGAAGCAGCUAAAUCGACACCAACGCAGACAAAAUUGGAAUAUAUGCAAAGUGAAAAUCGUCAUAUUUUAUCUUUGACACAUCACGACUUACAAUCUUCCCAGAUUGUUCAUCAAUGGUUUUUGGCUGCAUUACACGAAAGCACUAGCUGGGUAUCAAAUGUGAUUAAAAUCAAAGCGUCCAAAGUCGUGCCUGGUGCACGCAUAUUGAAGUUUUGUGCAGAAAUUGAAAAUCACAUACCAUGGCAAUGGGAAUUCUUAAGCGAUAAACCGAGCGACUUGUAUCGCAUUAAAUUAAAUCUUAUUUGGGGAUUGUCUGAUUCUAUGAAAGGAAAAUGUAACGGAUCUUCUAUAUCAAUAAACUUAAUUGGCGAAAUUAGUGACAAGCAACUUGAAAAGAGCAAAGAAGCAAACUGGCCUUAUGGCGAAUGUAAAAAGGAAUCUAUUGGAAAAAAGUUUAUUCCUUAUACAAAUUCGUGUUAUGAAGCGUCAAGAGAAUUGUCAACCUUACGGAAAUAUACGAUCUCGGCGCAUUAUGAAAACUUGCCGGAGAGUUUGUCCAAAUUAGUUUGGAAAAUGUACGCCUUCCAUGAUUUGAUCGGCGGAAAUAGCAGUAAUGCGAGGAAGUCCAAUGAAGUCGUGAUAAUCGCGACAUUUCCCAAAGAAUCGAAUGUUGGUGAAUUGGAACUCAACGGAGAUAAAGUUGCUAUCGAAUAUAAUUCACGCUACAUUGAUCCUUUUCUAAUACGAACAAGAAUUCACAAAUAUAUGGAAAUGCCUUUAUUCAGAAUGUUUUCCAGUACAUGCAUCGUAACGUCAGAUUCCAUAAAAUCUGCAUACAAUACGGUUUAUACCUUUGCUGAAAAUAGCGAAGUGAUAUUACUCGGACAAUGUUACGACGACAAUCCCAGAGUUGCGUUAACUGCAACCAAUAGUAUGUAUGGAAUCAACAUAAAUUUAACCGACGAAUCUGGAAUUAUACGGAUUGUAGCCGACAUGAAUAAAGGAACUCUAUAUAAUGCUACAUCAUCAAUAAAAUUGGAAUCUGAUUAUGUAUUUCAUUCACUAGGAACUAAAAUGAUCAAAACAGGUGGCGAUGCAAUUGAUAUUCUGCUACCUAAUAUUAUUCUAUAUAUACAUUGGACGCAAGAGCAAAUUUUACUUUCUUUCCCCAAUCAUGUGCUAGAUUUUAGUUGUGGAAUAUGCACGCUCGACCAUUCCAAUGUGGAUAGAUUAUAUGAGAAAUUAAUUUAAUCUA